GUGGUUCACGUACUUUCAGAAUCAGAAAUGGCGCGCGUGACUCUCCGCAAUUCUCUCUCAGUUCAAAAGCAAUUUCCAGAGAGAAGUUCGUAGUCACAACCCAAACUACCAACAGAGAAGUUCCCAUUCUCAGACACAGAGAGAGAGAGAGAGAGAGAGAUUCACUAAACUCUCUGUUCUUUGUGGUCCUCUUCAUCGAAACCCUAGAUCCCCCCCUCUUUCUCUCUCCUCACAUUCUUCCCAGGGAGGGUCUCUUGAACUUUCUUAACUUCAGAAUCAUGGAUUUGGAAGAUAAAGUUUUUGCUAAAGAGGUUGUUCGCAUAAUUUGGUUUCUGAUGGCCUCAUUCGUUGUAUCGACAGACUGGUGAUUCAGAUAUCAGUAUAACAAAUAGAAUUGAUUUCAAUCAUCAAUAAUCUGCUCAAUUAUCAGUUCCAAAUCGACUAGCAAGAUGGUCAACAUAAUUGUACUUGAUCUCAUCCAUUGGUUGAUCCAGCAGUGCUAGUCUCUCCAUUUUCUGGCGUUCAAAGUCUUUCUUCCAGUGUGCAAAGCACCCCCGAGAAAAAUGGACACUCGGAUGAUGCUUCAAGAAGUCCAGAACUUCUCCAUGAGUUUUUGAAAUCUGAUCUGAAAAAGGACCUUUUCCGAACUUGCUUUGAUAAGGAAAAGAAAUUCACAGCUUCAUCUAAGUGCAAAAUGACUGACCACCCUUCAAAGAAUAAGAAAAUUCUGAAGAAUCAGGAACCAAGAAAAGCGUCUUUAAGUCCAAAGGUGACGCCCUCUUCCAGGAAACAUCAGAGAAAGGGGGAAAACCCUGUUCGAAUUCCACCUGCCACAGAGCAGUCUCCGGAUUUUGGAUGUUCAAAUUCAUGGGUCUGUAAAAAUUCUGCAUGUAAAGCCGUUCUGUCCAUAGAUGACAUAUUCUGCAAGAGGUGCUCUUGUUGCAUCUGUCACUUAUUCGAUGACAACAAGGAUCCGAGUCUUUGGUUGGUGUGCACAUCUGAAUCUGAUAACAGAGACUCUUGUGGUUUAUCUUGUCACAUUGAGUGUGCGCUCCAACAUGAAAAGGUGGGGGUUGUUGAUCUUGGGCAAUUGAUGCAGCUAGAUGGGAGUUAUUGCUGCGCAGCAUGUGGUAAAGUUUCAGGGAUACUUGGAUGUUGGAAGAAGCAACUUAUUAUAGCAAAGGAUGCUCGCCGGGUCGAUGUCCUCUGUUAUAGGAUAUUCUUGAGUUACAGGCUCCUGGAUGGGACUUCCAAGUUUAAAGAACUUCACGAAAUUGUUAGAAAUGCAAAGGCCAAAUUAGAAACAGAGGUGGGUCCGGUGAACGGAGUGUCAACCAAGAUGGCACGGAGCAUUGUCAGCAGACUCUCUAUUGCUGGUGAAGUGCAGGAACUCUGCUCUCUUGCAAUCGGCAAAGCACAUGAAUGGCUGGCCGCUGUUUCCAACACAAAUCCGAAUUGUAUAGAGGGCUCACUUCCCGCAGCUUGCAGAUUUCACUUUGAGGAAGUGACAUCUUCUUCGGUUGUGAUUGUUUUGAUAGAAUUGCCCGCAGUGUCAUGUGAUGAUAUUAAAGGAUUCAAGCUAUGGUAUUGUAAGAAUAGAGAGGAGACACACCUGAAAGAGCCUAUCCGUGUAUUUCCCCGAGCUCAACGAAGGAUUUUGAUAUCCAAUCUACAACCCUGCACGGAGUACUCCUUUCGGAUAAUUUCUUACACACAGACCGGUGACUUUGGUCAUUCGGAGGCUAAGUGUUUCACCAAGAGUGUGGAGAUAAUUCACAAAGAUCCCAGCUCGGCUGCUAUGAAACACAAGAAUGAGAAUCCCCACGAUGACCAAAGUUCUGAUGCCAUGAGGGAACCUAAGACUACAACAGCCCUCGGAUCUUCUUCUGCAUUCAAGGUCCGAGACCUGGGGAAGAUCCUCCACCUUGCUUGGGCUCAAGAACAAGGCUGCUUUGAGGGCUUUUCCGACAUAGAUGUAGAAGAAUGGAAUGGAGUAAACAAUACGAUUAAGCCUAGUGAAACUCCCAAAGAUGAGUUGCCAUUUGUUUCACGUGGGCUCGACUUAAACAUUGCUUCGGUGCCUGAUCUAAACGAGGAGCUAACCCCACCUUUUGAAUCCUCUAGGGAUGAAGAAAAUGGAUGCACUUUGGGUCAAGCUGUUGAGGCAUAUGAUGAUGCCGUUUCUCGUGAUAUCGAGAAGAAUGGUCUAGCAAGAUCACAUGGUAGUGGUGACUCCCAGAAUUGGACCCAUGGGGUAACCGGAGAAGUGCCAGCUGUCUAUUCCCGGGGAGAACUGUGCAGGAAAAGGGUGGCAACCACAAAUGAAGAGACACACGACUGUAAUAGCACUCUAAUAAAUGGGUCACCAGUCCGAAUAGCCAAUGGAUUGGGGUGCUUGGAUGCGAAUUUUGAAUAUUGUGUGAAGAUCAUUCGAUGGCUGGAAUGUGAAGGUCACAUUAAACAGGAAUUUAGGCUUAAAUUGUUAACAUGGUUUAGCUUGAGAUCAACAGAGCAGGAACGCAGGGUAGUCAACACCUUCAUUCAAACCCUAAUUGACGAUCCAAGUAGCUUAGCAGCACAAUUGGUUGACUCGUUUUCAGAUAUCAUAUCCAGCAAGAGGCCACGAAACGGUUUCUGUAGCAAACUGUGGCAUUGACUAUCGGAGACAAGAUUGCUCUAGUUAACUUAAUGCUUAUUUUAUUAUACUGAUUAAUAUGCCGGUUCUUUGUACAGGCAUUUCUUAAUCACCCAUUGGAAGUGAUCAAUUUGUAUUCUGGACAAGUCUGUCCCCAUUAGAACAUUUUCGGUUGCGGUUUGCGGAGACGGUUCUGGGUUUCUCAGCAGGGGGAGCCCUCUUGAUUGGAGAUUUGGCAUUGUAGAAGGUAUCCCAACAUUUCUCGAGACCUUCCUAUUUAAAUUUAAAACAUUGAAAUUGAUUUCAUUUCACCAUUGAGAAUUUAAUCAUGGGGAUUGAAGAGGCUAUUGUUAUGGCCUUAAAUUAUUUGUUGAAAGGUGGAUGAAUGUUGUAAACAGUUUCAUUUUUUCUUCAUAAAAUUUUAGAUGAUCUUCAGACUUGUUGAAAA